UCAAGAAUGGGAUUCGAACCCAUGCCCUUUCGGACCAGUACCUGAAACUGGCGCCUUAGACCAACUCGGCCAUCUUGACGUUUUUUAGUAGGAUACGGCUUUAUAUUUUAUUUAUACAUAAAUAGUGGUUUCCGAGAUUUUCUUUUCGCCCGAAUUCAAAAUGAAGUUCCGAUCAAAGAAGGAAAUUAACCUCUGAAAUGCGUUCUCUUUUCAAUAACAAGGUUCAUAUCCAAAUCUCUUGUUCAUCUUAUAAACAUAUAUCAACUCUAGCUGCCAUUGAAAACCCAUCUAUUUAUAGAGUAGAAAAUGAUGAAAAGAAUCCAACUUUUUAUACUGCUUCUAACUUUUUCUUUGAUUACAGAAGAUCAAGACACCAUACUAUCAAAAGCAUCAAACUCUUACAUGCCCAUUUGCUUAAAACAUCAGAACUUCAAUCCAAUAUUUUUGUUGCAAAUUGUUUGCUUGAUGGGUACUGCAAAUGUGGUUCAAUGGAAGAAGCAGUCAAGCUGUUUGAUAAAAUGCCUGAACCAAACGUAAUUUCAUGGAAUUCUAUGAUCUCUGGUUAUAAUUACAUCAGUUUGUUUGAGGGUUCUUGUUUAUGGUUUCGUAAAAUUUGGCUUUCGGGUUUUGAACCUGAUGGGAUUACUUAUAGGAGUGUGCUUUCAGCUUGUGUUGCUAUGCAAAACACUAGCUUUGGCAGGCAGGUUUAUUCAGUUACAAUGAAAAAUGGGUUCUUUUCGAAUGGAUAUGUUCGAACAGGAAUGAUUGAUUUGUUUGCAAAAAGUUGUAACUUUGAGAAUGCUUUGACGGUGUUUUAUGAUGUUUCAAGUUGUGAGAAUGUGGUCUGUUGGAAUGCAAUUAUAUCUGCAGCUGUUAAGAAUGAAGAAAAUUGGGUUGCUUUGGAUCUUUUUGUUCAAAUGGGAAAGCAGUUUUUGAUGCCUAACGUUUUUACGUUCUCAAGUGUUUUGACUGCUUGUGCUGCACUCAAAGAGCUUGAGAUUGGAAAAGAAGUUCAGGGGUGGAUCAUUAAAUGUGGUGUGGUAGAUGUCUUUGUCGGAACUGCCUUGAUUGACUUGUAUGUCAAGUGUGGAGACAUGGAUGAAGCUGUGAAGAUGUUUUCAGUGAUGCCUACACGAAAUGUAGUUUCUUGGACUGCUAUCAUUUCUGGAUUUGUGCAGAAGGAUGAUUGUCUCAAAGCCCUCAAGUUUUUUAAAGAAAUGAGAUAUACCAAAGCGGAAAUAAACAACUACACUGCUACUGCUGUAAUUUCUGCUUGUGCUAAAGUAAACAUGUUUGAAGAAGCUACACAAAUACAUUCAUGGAUUAUAAAGAGUGGGUUUUAUAUGGAUUCAGUGAUACAAGCUGCUUUGGUAAAGAUGUACUCAAAAAUAGGAGUGAUUGGCUUGGCUGAAAUGGUGUUUAAAGAGAUGGAAAGCAUACCGAGUCCAAACACUUGGGCUGUGUUGAUUUCUUCUUUUGCUCAGAAACAGAGUCCUCAUCGGGUAAUUGAAUUGUUACAGACAAUGUUAAAAGGGGGUCUGAGACCAGACAGGUUUUGUACUUCUAGUGUCUUUAGUGUGAUAGAAUGCAUAAACCUUGGGAGGCAGAUGCACUGUUACACUCUUAAAACUGGGUUGAUCUUUGAUCUUUCUGUUGAGACUUCCCUUUUCACAAUGUACUCAAAAUGUGGUAGUUUAGAGGACUCUUUAAAAGUAUUUCAGAGUAUUCCUGUCCAUGACAAUAUUUCAUGGGCUUCAAUGAUUGCUGGGUUUACAGAACAUGGCUAUGCAGAACAAGCUCUUCAAAUGUUCAAAGACAUGCUGUCUGAAGAAACCAAACCUGAUCAAAUGACUCUAACUGCAACUCUUUCAGCAUGUUCUUCUCUUCAUUGUUUGUGUAAAGGCAAGGAAAUCCAUGGGCAUGCAAUUGGUGCGGGGCUAGGGAAUGAACCACUUAUUUGUAGUGCACUUGUAACUGUAUACUCAAAAUGUGGCGCACUAGGAUUAGCAAGGAAGGUGUUUGACAUGCUUGUCCAAAAGGAUCUUGUUUCAUACUCAUCCUUGAUUUCUGGGGCUAGUGCACUUUCAAACAAAUCAGACAUCGGGACUCAACUGCAUGCACUUGUCAUAAAAGUGGGCUUAGAUUCAGAGGUUUUUGUUGGAAGUUCACUUGUUACAAUGUACUCUGAAUGUGGGGGCAUUAAAGAUUGUGAAAAUGCAUUCAAUGAGAUUGAUAAACCUGAUUUGAUAGGUUGGACAGCUAUGAUCUCAAGCUAUGCUCGGUAUGGAAAAGGUGUAGAGGCCUUAAGAGUCUAUGACCUCAUGACGAAAGAAGGAAUCAACCCUGACUCAGUAACUUUUGUUGGGAUUUUAUCUGCCUGUAGUCAUAGUGGGCUGAUUGAAGAAGGUUACUACCAUCUUAACUCAAUGGCCAAAGACUAUGGAAUUCAACCUGGUUACCAUCACUAUGCCUGUAUGGUUGAUAUUCUUGGUCGGUCGGGGAAAUUAAGAGAGGCUGAAAAGUUCAUAAAUAAUAUGCCUAUUGAACCUGAUGCCUUCAUUUGGGGAACACUACUUGCUGCAUGUAAAGUACAUGGAGAUGUUGAACUUGGAAGGCUAGCAGCGGAAAAGGUUAUUGAGUUAGAAUCAUGCCAUGCUGGAGCUUAUGUCUCCUUAUCUAAUAUUUGUGCUGGCAUAGGUCAGUGGGAAGGAGUCCUAGAGAUUAGAAGCCUGAUGAAGGGAACUGGGGUGAGGAAGGAACCUGGUUGGAGUUCUAUGUGAAAUUCAUUUAUUCCUUCAUUUGCAAGUCUGCUUUGAUCUUUGGCUUCAGUUACUGGCCUCUGUGAUUGGGUUGUUUUGUUAUUAAGUCAGGCAGCUUUGAACCUAAUCAGCAGCCCUAUUUAUUAGUUCCUCAUCUGUAGUAUAUGCAAUGGAGAAUAAGUCAGGCAGGUUUUACUUGAGAAGUCAGUUGGCUUGACCAGAAUUCUUUUACUUUCUCCAAAAGAACUUUUGAUAUGGAUCACAUUUUAUUCUUGGUUUGGCUGUUUUGUGCUGUUUGAACUGAAGUUUUCACAGCUUCCCAGAAAUUGACAUAUUGUUAAGAAUUUGGAGCCUUGCUUUCCUGGAUGAGGACAUCCCUUUCUUGCACUCUAGUAAA